AUGGGGCCCCCGGGCAAUAGGGGAUUAUGGGGCCUCCGUGUCCUCACCCACACCCAAAAAAGCCCAUGAAAAAGCCAAUGAAAGGUACCAGGGGCAUCUCAUGGGGCCCCCUACUGACCCUGGGCCCUCGGGCAAACAAAUUCCAGCUUCACAGUGUCAGAACCUUUAAAUUGACCUGGCAACCAGGGACGGACUGACAACUCAUGGGGCCCCCAGGCAAUAGAGGAUCAUGGGGCCCCUGUGUCCUUGCCCAAACUCAAAAAAGCCUAUGAAAAAGGUAUCAGGGACAUCUCAUGGGGCCCCCUACUGACCCCGGGCCCUCGAGCAGUGCCCGAGUUUACAAAUGGUCAGUCCGCCCCUGC